CGGCGCCACACGCGGCGCUUCCGGGGGGAAGCGGCGGGGCCGCAGCCUGCCUGUCCUGCCCGUAGGAUGCAGCGGUGGCCGGUGCUGCUGUUCCUGGCCUGGGUCUGCUUUCUCUUCUUUGCCGGCAUCGGGCUCUUCAUGAGCGGCUUCCUGCUCACCCGCAUCGAGCUCGCCAGCAGCAGCUCCUGCUCCGACCCGCUCCUGCCGCCACCCUGGCAGAGACAGAGCCUCCCGCCGGGCUCCUGCUGGGCACCCCAGCGCUUCUCCAAGGCCGUGCUGGUCAUCAUCGACGCCCUCCGCUUCGAGUUUGCCCACUUCAACCCAGCCAAAGCCAGCCCGCUGCCCUACGAGAACAAGCUGAGCUUCCUGCACCACCUCGCAACCUCCCAGCCCCGCCAUGCCCGUCUCUACCGCUUCCGAGCUGAUCCCCCCACCGCCACCAUGCAGCGCAUCAAGGGCCUCACCACUGGGUCGCUGCCCACUUUCAUUGAUGUGGGCAGCAACUUUGCCAGCUAUGCAAUCCAGGAGGACAACCUGCUGGCACAGCUGGUGCAGAAUGGAAGAAGGGUGGUCUUCAUGGGUGAUGACACUUGGGAAGGACUCUUCCCAAAGAAGUUUUUCCGCUCGUAUUUCUUCCCUUCUUUUAACGUGAAGGAUCUUCACACUGUGGAUGAUGGGAUCCUGCAGCAUCUGUAUCCAACUGUGGACAGUGGUGAAUGGGACAUGCUGAUUGCUCACUUCCUCGGCGUGGACCACUGUGGACACAAACACGGGCCUGACCAUCCCGAAAUGGCGAAGAAGCUCACCCAGAUGAAUGAGAUGCUCAGGUCCUUGGUGGAUCACCUGGGGAAUGACACCCUUCUUCUGGUGGCUGGGGACCAUGGCAUGACAGAGACGGGAGAUCAUGGUGGCGAGAGUGAGAAGGAAGUGAAUGCAGCACUGUUCGUGUACAGCAGAACACCCCUAUUUGGCACUGGCCCUCCAGAGGAGCCCGAGGCCAUUCCCCAGGUGAACCUGGUGCCCACUGUGGCCCUGCUGCUGGGUGUGCCAAUUCCCUACAGUAACAUCGGGGAGGUGAUGGCUGAGCUGUUCUCCGGGGACGGCGACGCUGUGUCUGCAGCCUUGCAGCAGCUCUCGGUCUAUCACAUCAAUGCCAAGCAGGUGGACCGCUUCCUGCAGUCCUACUCGCUGGUGGCUCAGGACCUGCCAGCAGAGCAGCUCCAGCGCCUGCAGGAGCUCUUCUCCGGCGCCGUAGAGGAGCACACUCAGCUCUUGGACCAGGUGCAGGGGGCAACGUUGGUGCCUCCGGAGCUGGAGUCCAGGCUGGGAAGCCUCAUCAGUCGCUUCCAGCUCUACCUGCGGGAGGCACGGGCUGUGUGCACUCAGUCCUGGGCCCGCUUCAACUCCCUGCGUAUGGUGGGGGGCUGCACCCUUAUUGCUGCUUCCUGCUUGCUCUGCUACGUGGCCUCAGAGCUGGCUGCAUCGUCAGACUCCUUCUACCGCAGCUGCCUCCUGUACCCGCUGCUCUGGGGCCUCGUGGUGGCUGUUCUGCUUGGGCUGGCCCAUGUGUUCACCCAGGAGGGGCUGGAUCUCCUCCUGGUGUCCUCAUGCGCAGCCGCUGCUUCUCAGCUGGGAUUUUUCUGGCACUGGUGGGGCCGGCAUCCGAAGCGAGCCCGUUUGGUGGGCAGUCAGCCACCCUUGGCCAGCAUUGGUCUGAGGCAGAGGCUGCGAGCCUGGCUGGGGCUUGCGUUCCCCAUGGGCAUUCUGCUCUUCCGCUGUGGAGCCAUGUUCUCCGAUAGCUUUGUCGUGGCCGAGGCCCGGGUGGCCCCGUUCCUGCUGGCCUCGCUGGUGAUGCUGCUAGUAGGGAAGCUCCACUGGGACGGCCGCCUGACCAUGCCAGAGGGCCCCAAGCAGCAGGUCCUUGGCUUUUCUUCUUACCGGAGAGAGAUCUGGUACCUGCUGUGCCUCGUGGCCAUGCUCCUGGUCUGCGUGCGCCUCUCUGGUUUCUUCCACCAGUGCCGUGAAGAAAUUCCUCAGUGCCGGCCCUCUCUUUUCCUCUCCCCGCUUGCCAGCCUGAGAAACACACGGGCCAAGAACCUCUUCUACCUCCUGUGCGUGGCCUUGCUGGCCGGGCUGGUCUAUGCAGUGCGGAGCUGGCUGCGACACUACGGCAACCUCAACAGCUCGGACCCCCUUGUGCUCUUUGUGCGUUGGGGUUUCCCACUGGUGGUCCUCUGCAUUGCCUGCUACUGGGCGGUUGCUUCCAGCGCUGAUGACUCUCUGGGCAAGCUGCAGGAGCUGGUGCAGGUGGCAGUUGUUGCCUUUCCAUGGGCUGUCUAUGGACUGGCAUCCAUGGGGCUGCUGCUCCUGCUGUGCAACCCCAUGACGGUGUUCGCAAAGGACACGCGGGAGUCGGCAGGAUCCAUCGUCACUCCCUACCUGGGGGUUCCCAGCUCUGAAGUUGACUUCCUCCACGUCAUCCCUCAGAUCUACAAGAGGAUGCAGGAGUCUCAGAAGAGCCGCCUGGAGCGGGGCAGCUGCAGGGCCACCAUCGCAGCGUACGGGCUGGGCAGUGUGUAUUCGGCAGCCCUGGUCAUAGCACUCACCCUGCUGGGCUUCCUCUUGAUGCUUCUGCACAGUGAGCGGCUGAGUCUCGCCUUCCUGCUCCUCUUCCUGGAGGCCUUCGUGCUGCUGCACAUCCACACGCGUGCCAGAGGCCUUGCUGGAGACACUGAGCCUUUUUCUGUGCCCUGGUAUGCAGUCAUCUCCUGGCUCCUUGCUGCUUCCCAGUUCUUCUAUUCCACAGGCCACCAGCCCAUCUUCCCGGCCAUCCACUGGAAUGCAGCUUUUGUGGGCUUCCACCUUGACCACAGCACCAACCUCCUGCCUGCCAUCCUGGUGGGCGCCAACACCUUUGCCUCCCAUAUCCUCUUUGCAGUUGGCUGCCCUCUGCUCCUGCUUUGGCCCUUUGUGUGUGAGAUGCCCAGCUCGCAGAAGAAGAAGCCCAAGAAGGAGCCCCGAGAGGAAUUGCAGGAGGUGGAGGAGCACAUGAUGGAGAUGAGGCUGCGGGAGUCCCCAGAGAAGUUCUCCACUGCUCUGCUGCAUCUGGGGCUGAAGUACCUCUUUGUCCUUGGGGCACAGCUUCUGGCCUGUGUUUGUGCAGCUAUGAUUCUCAGGAGGCACCUCAUGGUCUGGAAGGUCUUUGCCCCCAAGUUCCUCUUUGAGUCGCUGGGCUUUGUGGUGAGCAGCAUCUGCCUCUUGCUGGGGAUCUCCCUGGUGAUGCGUGUGGACUGUGCUGUCAGCACCUGGUUCAGCCAGCUUCAGCUCAGAGAUGCCAAGGAGCGCUAGCUGCACAGCCAGGGCAGGCUGGCUACGACACCAAAGAAUUCAGAUUCAAGAAGACAAGUUUUCCAAGGGCUGGAGAUUCUCUUGCUUUCUUUCAUUGACUUUUUCAGCCUUCGCCAAGCUGUCACAGGAUCCUGCUGGGUCUCUCGUGGAGCAGUUAUUCCAAAUGGUUUGUUCUGGUCCCUGUGUCCCCUUGGCUGAGUGUGACGGGGGACGUGUCAUCCUCAUGCUCAGCAGAGCCGUUUCCAUUGUACACUCCACAAACCUGCUGCACUUUGGGCUUUUGCAGGCAUUCUGUGUGUGCUCCUUGGCCAGGCAGGGAUUGCUCCACUGGGAUGGUGUGUCCCGUAGUCCUGGCAUGGGGAAGGGGGCGAUUGUGUCUCAUUUGUGCCACGUGGAAAAUGGCAACCAAAAGCUGACACCUAUGCAAAAGAUUGUGGCUGUUGGGAGCACCUCCUGCUGCAAUCCAUAGGGAUGGAUCGGGGAAGUCAGGGCUUGGUGGAUCUCCGUUCCCACGCCUGUUUCUCCAUCCCAUCUCUCUCUGUUCUUCCCUCAGCACUUCAGGCUGCUUAUUGAUGCCAGGGCAUGGUCCGGGUGUGCAUGUUUCCCUCGGGAAGCAGCAGUGCCUGUGUGCAGGAGCAGGGCUGGGAGCGCUGCCUUCCCUCGAGCUCUGUCUGGACUCACCACAUGGCUUGGAGCGAGAUGGCUGUUUUAUUUUUUGUUAUUAACCUCUCUGUGCCUCAGUACCCUACUUGGGAAAAUACUUAAGGGGAUGGACCCAGUUUUGGGAAGCAAUUUGGAAGCUCUGCAUGCAGCGCGGUGCUACACUUUCCUGGGGAUCUUCACAUAUUCGGCUGUCAGCGCUUUCUUUUCCAUUCAGCAGCUACAUCUGGAUGGUGGAAGGGAAUUCUGGACUCUCUGCUGGGAAGCAGAGCCUUUUUUCCUUCAAAAUAACCCAAAACCAGGCAAGUCGGCAGCGCUCGUUCACCGACAGCCUCACCUUCAGGCUGGUCCUCGGCGGCUGGUGCCCCGCGGGUCCCUGCUUGCCAUGCUGGGCUACCGCUGACCUACCUCGCCGUGCGGGAGGCUGUGGGGACCAGGCGCUUCGUAAUUAUACGACUAAUUAAUUAAUUAAUCGGGAGGCGUGGGGAAGAUUUGCUGCCUGAGGGUGGUGCGGGGCUCCGGGCAGCUGCAAAACUGAUGUCUGUGAAUAAAGCAGUGAGAUCCAA